CACCAAAAAUUCCAUUUCUGUUUAUAAAUACAGUAUACUAUAUCGUGUGAUGCGAUACAAAAUCAGUAAACAAAGUGUCGGUUAAUUGUCGAUAUCCCUUUGAUAGCAAUGAAUCACAUAAAAACAAUAAUAAUGUGCGCCCUAAAGUGCGUAUCAGAAUCAGUCCGUCUAUAAAAGGGCUUCCACGGUUCGUUCGUGAUAUUCAGUAAUCUUCAGAACAUCGUUAUCAAUGCGAACUUAUUCGUAUCCAUCGACCACUUUUGCUUUGCUACCUCAAAUCUCAACAAAAUGCGUUCCAUCCUGGUCGCUACGCUGAUGUCGGUGGCACUAUUUGUCACUUCUUUCGGCAAACCACACUGUUGUGAUGAGAACAAAGUGUUCACCGAGUGUGGAUCGGCGUGCCCAGAAACGUGCGAAACAAUCGAGCACAAGGAACCUGAACCGUGUCCGGAAAUUUGUGUGCCUGGCUGCUUCUGCCGCGAAGGUUUCGUUCUGGACCCGGACAACAAAUGUGUGGAACCGGUGGAUUGUCCCAAUAAUGCUACUACUUAUGCCUAUUAAUAUUCACAUAGGGGAAGAACGGGGUAGUGAUAGUUUUUUUCUUGAGUUAAUUUAACAUGUUUUCUUUUUUUCGCUAUACUUUAAAUAUUGUAUGUAGUUUCGGUAGAACAUUCAAAGCAACAUAUAUGUGAUAGUUUAAAUAUU